AUGAAUCGCGCGUUCGAGCGCGUGAAACCCGGUGAGGACCCCCCGCCGCCGCCGCCCGAGCUCAUUCAGUGGGCCAGAGAGACCGUGUAUGGGUCGCUCGCCGGCGUCGUCUACGGUGCCUGGAGCGCACACCGAGCGGAGAUGGCGUCGGCACCGAACCCGAAUGAAGCUCUGAACGUUCGUAGGCACAGGAUCUGGACCCGAGCGAUCUCGGACACGACUUUGCACGGCGUUCGGCUGGGGAGUUUCGUGUCGGUGUUCAGCGCGACGCGGCUGGCGCUCGAGUCGACGCGAGAGAUUAGAGACAUGUGGAACGUCGUCGGAGCGGGGGUGGUGACGAGUUCGCUGACGGGUAUGGCGAUUCCGGGGCCGCUGUCGGUCAGACUAAGAGGGGCGGCUCUGGGAGUGGCCGUCGGCGGCGCCGCCACGCUUCCGCUCGGGUACUGUUUGCAAGAGUUGGAGAGACUCUUACCGGAGCACUUUGAGGCGAUCACGACGACCGGGACGGCGUCGAAAGAGGAGGAUUCUAGCGAGAAAGUAGACUUGACAGAGAUGUUCAUAGGACAGGUAGAGGCGGAGUUAGAGGAGUACAAGAAAGAGGAGCGGCGACGGCGACGGAGCUGGUUCUCUAAGUAA